AUGUCUGCGACCACGGUUCUUCCCACCGUGCAAAUAAACGUCAACUAUACUGAGCUCAAGCAGCUGAUUCGUGACUUUUUCACUCACUUCAAGUCUUCUUCAGAUGUCGAUCUCGACGUGGAGCCUGAAUUGCAAGAGCUGGGUAUCAAAUACUUGGACUUGUUGCAGAAAGUCGCCAACAGAGACAUCUCAACCAUCAGUAUCGACUUGGACGACAUCAAGCUGUACCAGGAAGUGCUGUUCUUCUCGUCCCAGUCUCAGGCUGGCCAGAUGAACUUGGUCAACCAGAUCCAAAAGAACACCUACCACUUUGUCGAGCUUUUCUCCCAGGUCAUCGACUCGUUGAUGCCAGAGCCAACCAAGGAUAUUUCCUACAAGGAUGACGUGUUGGAUGUGAUUUUGCACCAGCGUAAGUUGAGAAACUUGAGGGUGGCCCAGGAAAACACCGACGAGCUCAAUUCCUUGAACGCUGGCCUUUCCCAGCAAUCCAACACAGACUGGCAGAGUUCUGAUGACCGUGACAAUAAUUUGUUGCUGCAAAACAUGUUCCCUGCCAAGUUAACCAGAAGAUACCACUUGUACUUCAAGCCCUUGACUGGAAGAACAAAGGCUUUGGCUGUCAGAGACGUCAAAGGUAGCCAUGUUGGUAAGAUGAUCACUGUCAGAGGCAUUGUCACCAGAGUCUCCGAUGUUAAGCCAUCGGUUCUCGUGAACGCCUACACUUGUGACAAGUGUGGUUAUGAAAUCUUUCAAGAAGUCAACUCGAAGGUUUUCCAGCCCUUGAGAGAUUGCACUUCGGAUGUGUGUAAGGGUGACAACCAGAAGGGCCAGUUAUUUAUGCUGACGCGGGCGUCCAAGUUCCUGUCUUUCCAGGAGGUCAAGGUCCAGGAGAUGGCUUCCCAGGUGCCUGUCGGUCACAUUCCAAGAACUCUUACCAUUCAUGUCAAUGGUGACUUGGUCAGACUGAUGAAUCCUGGUGACAUUGUCGACGUUGCUGGUAUCUUCAUGCCUUCGCCAUAUACUGGUUUCCGUGCUCUCAAGGCUGGUCUCUUGACUGAGACGUACUUGGAAGCCCAGUUCGUCCAGCAGCACAAGAAGCAAUACGAAUCGCUUGACAUAACUCCCGAAAUCAGAGAAGAAAUGAUGGCUUUGAACCGUGAGGGUAACGGUACGAUUUACAGACGUUUGGCCCAGUCCAUCGCUCCUGAGAUCUAUGGUCACUUGGAUGUGAAGAAGAUUCUUCUUUUACUUCUCUGUGGUGGUGUUACCAAAGAAAUUGGCGAUGGUAUGAGAAUCCGUGGUGACAUUAACGUCUGUCUUAUGGGUGAUCCCGGUGUGGCCAAGUCUCAAUUGCUUAAGGCAAUCAAUAAGAUCGCCCCAAGAUCCGUCUACACUACUGGUCGUGGUUCUUCUGGUGUUGGUUUGACCGCUGCAGUCAUGAGAGACCCUGUCACUGACGAAAUGGUCCUUGAAGGCGGUGCCUUGGUUCUUGCAGACAACGGUAUCUGUUGUAUUGAUGAGUUCGAUAAAAUGGAAGAGGGUGACAGAACAGCAAUUCACGAAGUCAUGGAACAGCAGACCAUCUCCAUUUCCAAGGCUGGUAUCAACACCACCUUGAACGCCCGUACAUCCAUUUUGGCUGCUGCUAACCCCUUGUAUGGUCGUUACAACCCUCGUUUGUCCCCACACGAAAAUAUCAACUUGCCAGCUGCUCUCUUGUCUCGUUUUGAUAUUAUGUUCUUGAUCUUGGACCAGGCGUCUGAAGACAAUGACGAACAACUUGCAGAGCACGUCACAUAUGUCCACAGAGAGGGCAAGCAGCCUGAAAUGGACUUCACGCCAUUGGAGCCCAAGACCAUCAGACAGUACAUUUCUGUCGCCAGAUCAUACCGUCCUGUGGUGCCUAAGGAAGUUGGUGACCAUGUUGUGCAGCUGUACAUCCGCAUGAGAAAAGAAGCACAGAGAAAUGAAGGUUCUGUUAAGAAGUUUGCCCAUAUCACGCCUAGAACGUUAUUGGGUAUUUUGCGUAUCUCCCAAGCGCUUGCAAGAAUCCGUUUUGACAAUGUUGUGAGACCUACAGAUGUUGACGAAGCUCUCAGACUUCUACUGGUGUCGAAGUCCUCGAUGGACUCAAACGACGACAUUGAGAGAGACGAUGUCAUGACAAGAGUCAACAACAGCAUUCGUAGAUUCUUUGCAGAGGAAGAACAAGAAGGUAAGGCCACCGUCAACAUGGCCGAGUUGUACCAGAGAUUGGCUGGUAUGGGAUUCACACAAGAGCAGAUCGACCUGUGUAUCAACGAGUACGUCCACCUUAAUUUGUUCCAGGUGGUCGAUGACGGUGAGUCCUUGUUGAUCGUUAACGAUUAA